AUGUAUUACGGCAUCACACCUCAUAAAACAUUCAUCCAAAAGCCAUAUCAGGAAAGCACAUCCCAGCUCUAUAAGCACAUGCAGAGAAAUGGAGAAGAAAGAGAAGCCUCUGAAGUGAGACACCCACUGUGCUACACAGAUGACCAACCGGGGGAGCUGGAGAUCCGGCUCCGCGGCACCCGGCGGCGGCCAGUGACAGCCCCGCGCCCGCCCGCCGCCCCGCCGGCCCCACACACGCACCUGGACCCGGCGGCCACCCGCUGCCUCAGGGCGCUCUCCGGGGACUGGGCUUCCGGUGGGCUCCGCAGGCUGCACCCCGCGGCGGCGCGGAGACUUCACUCCUCCAUCCUGGGAGCCGGCAGCACGUUACAGACAGCCGUGCACUUCCUGUUUGAAAACACGGGGGAGAGAAAGGGCGAGAGAGAACCCAGGGUUGGCGGGGUGGCGGGAGAGGCGCGGGCCGGCGGCGGAGGGGAGGGCGCCCGAGGGGCUGCGGGCGGCGUGGCCUCUGCUCGCCUCGCCAUGGAUGGUUUCAGCUUCUUCCUGAGAAUGGAGUUUCUUGGUGUUGAACAAGUUGAGGAGGCUAGCAGUCCUUACAGCACCCCACAGCAGGGCUUGGAAGACCAAGACACCAAAAACCUUAUUUCUUCAUCCGUAAGAGAUACUCCAAGGACCCCGGAAAGAGGAAGGCCCCUCGGUACCCUCCAGAAAGAGGAGGUGACGGUUCUCUGGGCAACCAUCCCCCGGCCCUACUCCUCUCCCAGCCCCCGGACAGGAUCCCAGCCCCGGUCCCGCUCCCGAGUGCCCACGCCGCCGAACAAGCUGGAAGCGGAUCUUACCGGUACCCAACCCGGAGCCGCCGCCGCGGGCUGGGUGCACCUGCGCGCCUCCGGCUCCCUCCGCCCCGCGCCGGGGGCGGGGCGCGGCCUCACGUCCCGGCCCACCCGGCGGCGCGGGGAGCAGCGGGAGGCGUUCCCGGGGAAGUUCAAGGGCUCACCUUCGGCGCACCGGGCCCGCCAGGCCAGACCCGAACCCCCACCUCCGGGAGGACUCGGCGGAGCCGCACCCGGGUGUCCCCGCCCUUCCGACUGGGCGGAGGGAGGCGCAGGAGCGCGCGCCCGGAGGGGCCGGAGGGAGGCGGCACGGCCUCCCCGCCCGCAGGGCCCGCCGCCCAGGCGCCCGCCGCUACCACAGCCCAAAGCGGAGCAACCUCCCGGGCCCGCGGGGCCAGAGGCGGGAGCCCAGCCCGGCCCCGAUCGCCGCCCGCUACGCCCCUUUCCGCCCCCUCCGCUCGGGCCGCGGCGUCGGGGGCAGGACGCCUGCGCGCUCGGGCGCGGCUCCCACCUGCGCGGCCCGGCCCCGGCCCGGGAGAGGGGCGCACCCACCUUGGGGGACAGCCCGGGCAGCUCGGCCGCCGAGCCCGGCUUAGGCGGAGGCGGGCGGCGGCGGCAUCACCUGCGGUGGCCGCUGCACCGGGACGCGGCGGGGGCGCGCGGCGCCCUGGACCCGACUCCCGCGGCCCCGCCCGCGGCGGCCACCUGGAAGCGCGGCGGAGGAGCCGGGGCACCCCGGGCGGCGGCGGCGGCGGCGAGCGGAGCAGCAGCACAUGACUCUGUAACAGGGGGAAUCAGACAAAGCGUAACAUGGACUCCGGGUCCGUGCGGGCGCCGCUGCUCCGGGGCCAACCGCGGCCGGCGAGCGCCGCCACUGGCUCGGCCGCAGCCAAUGGGGCGGGCGCGGGCCUCCAUGUGA